AAGCACUUUAGAUAGACGGAGUUUCACCGCUCCCCCUCACCUCCUACUUCCUUUCUGUCGGACAUCUUAGCUUGGAGGCGGUAGCAGCAGGCGCUCCUGAAGCUCACCAUGCCGCCCAAGGACGACAAGAAGAAGAAAGAUGCCGGCAAGUCUGCCAAGAAGGACAAGGACCCAGUGAACAAGUCUGGGGGCAAAGCCAAGAAGAAGAAGUGGUCCAAGGGAAAAGUGCGAGACAAACUCAACAAUCUGGUUCUGUUUGACAAAGCAACGUAUGACAAACUGUGCAAGGAGGUUCCCAACUAUAAACUUAUCACCCCUGCAGUAGUCUCAGAAAGACUGAAGAUUCGGGGUUCUCUAGCCCGGGCAGCCCUCCAGGAACUGCUCAGUAAAGGUCUGAUUAAGCUGGUUUCCAAACACAGAGCACAAGUGAUAUAUACUAGGAACACCAAAGGUGGAGAUGCACCAGCUGCUGAAGAUGCAUGAAAUGGUUCGACAUUUUUGUGUACAUUUCCAAGAAUAAAAUGUUUUCAAAAACUUAA